AUGCAUAUUGGACUCUUAUCGCAGGAUAGGCUGCAUUUCGAUCCACUUAAACCAGUGAUCUUGCGAGGGCCGCCUACUGACGAUUCUUCAACAGUGUUCAUGGGCAAUGUGGUUCUUUCGCUGUCAAAGGCUCGAAAGCUAUCGAAAAUCAUUGUCCAAUUCAAGUCAGUUGCAAAUACCAACUGGCCUGAAGGUAUCGGUUCUCGAGCUACUCGACUAUAUCACAAAAAAACUUUAAACGAAGAAACCAUAAAUGUUUUGGGCUCUGUAAUGGAUGACAAAGACACUAUAUUACUACCAGUCGGAACUCAUCGAUUUCCUUUUACAUUUGUCGUACCAAAUACCAUGGCUGAAACGAUUGAAGAUAUUUAUGGUCAAGUCACACACACAAUUGACGCACAUGCCUCCGGGCCAGGUCUCCAGUUACUCAACAACCUACACACUUCAAAACCAGUAUUGGUGUUGCGGACGUACAUGUCCAAUUCAAUUUUGACAAAUAAUUCUUUGCAGGAUCCUUCGCGGACAUUCGAAAAGCACUUGGAUAUUGCUGAUGUACAGGCUGUCGUUGAGAAUGCGGCGUUUUCUUCGGGAGAACUGCUUUACAUGAGACUGACAAUUCAACCACACCAAAAGAAUGUACGGCUUGAGCAUAUAGAUGUGUCUAUUGAGGAAACCAGGCGAUACACUGUGAUACAAAUGGAUGCGUUACGGACAGGAACGGAUAAUUUCGGACUAGACUUUUUACACGCUACCCGGCUUCUGGACGGGGAAUCUGUGGCGGUCGACACGGACGAAUUGAGAUCUGUAUUCGUCAAGCACGGACGUCCACUUGAAGUGAAUGACACCCUGGUUUAUCGUAUCACUCUUGCCAGUCCCUCGUGCUCCCGUCAAAUCCGCCACACUACACACUACAAAGAUAUCCUUUUCCGUCACCGUAUUAACAUCAAACUCACUCUAUCACAUAGCCAGGGUACUGUGUCUGCUCCAGUCAGUCGCACGCCAUCAUCCUCAAACCUCCCAACCCUCUCCAACCAACACAUAGCAUUGCAUCAGCCCUUACCCACACUUCCUAUCAAUCAUAACCACAGCCUUCAAAUCAGUCACUCGACACCCAUUAAUACACCACCUCCUAACUGGCACAACAUGCUGUCCAAGUUAAGGAAGCCACGCUUAGAAAGAGAGACAGAAGAUGCGCCUAGACAAAAUUACCCCAUAAUAUUUGAAUCCCUGAUUGGUGUAUUUGAUUGCCGUCUCAAAGAGGACUAUGGUCAAUUGCCUUCUUAUGCUGAUCUUGGAAUAUCAACAAAUAAUAUUCCCCUGCCUAGUGACUCAAAAUCAGCCAACAAUAAUACUGAUCGUUUGGCAAAAGCAUCCAGACACCACAAGAUCAAGAUGGACCAGACUAAACCCGGAGUUCCAGCUCCUCACUUGUGUACUUGCUACUUUAGAUUCCAAGAACAGCUACGCCUGGCAUCGGAGGCACCUGUCUUGCAUGCACCGACCAUAGUGAACCCGAUAACUGAGUUGGAUAGUACGCCAUCAAAGCCACCGCCCGAGUAUGUAGAGAAUGUGUUGGACGGACUGAACGCAACCGCCCAGAUCUUCACACGGCAUGACAGUUUGUGUAGCCCACAAGUAGUGAACUAUGAAAAGAUGGACGGGACAAUGAAUAUAAUCUGGUGGAUUCACAAGUCCUCGAUGUGGACCAGCUAG